AUGCUGGGCGGGGCGGGGCUUGUGAGGUUUUGCCACUACAACAACAAGGGAGGAGUAGCAGCAGCAGGAGCAGUAGCGACAACUACAACGAGAACGACGACCGGAACAAUAGCAGCAGCAAUUGCAACGAUGGAGAUAGAAGUACGACAGGGCAAUGGUGUCUUCUACAAGGCCUUCGUGAAAUCCAUCAAGACCGACACCGUUGUAGUGAGUUACGGGAAUGAUGCGAAGACCGAGGAGGUGAAAUUUGAAGACUGCCGCUUACCGCCGCGUACUACAAAAGCUGAAGUGCUUAAAGUAGGCGAUAUUGUCGAAGCACUGAUGCAACAGGAUGGGGAAGCCAUUUUCGGUUGGCAGAAGGCAAAAAUCAAAGAACUUAGAGGCGAUUUGGCAGCAAUCGAAAGUGUCGAAGGCCCGCAUCGUAUGGACAUCGUCUCAUCGGAGCACAUACGCACAUUGCCGGUCAAAUGCACCCCGUUGAAGCAGAGCCAAUUCAAGCACGCGAAGAUCGCGGUGCCGGAUGAUUUGCGAGCCUACUUCAAGCGACCCGAAUCGUACGCCGAUUUCGCAGCAACCGUCAAAAGCGUUUUCGUGGAGUACGAUGAAGAAAACGGCAAUCUCCUUCUCUCCACAUUUGAAGAGCAGGCAGUGAAGCGCGCCACAAUUCUGUCCGACAUGUACUUCAAGGACUCCCGACAGAAGAUGCAACUACUGCAGCGCCAGGAAGUAAUCUCAUUUUAUUCAGUUUUUUGA